AUGGCAGAGAUAGGAGAAAAUAUGGCAAGAGGAAGAGAAGGAGGAGGUGGUGGAGUGGGAGGUCUAAGGCCACCCCAUGACCCCCAGAGCCCGGCCCGCUUUCCCUCUCCUGCUCCCCCAGUCGGGGCCCACCAUGGCGAGCUCAGGAGGGGCAUCGUGAUCCAGCUAACAGGCACAGAGGGUGAGUGGGACAGUCUGGAUGACAACGAGCUCAUCUUCCCCCUGGAACACAACUAUGACGACCAGACCCCCUACAUCUCCCUCUCCAAGGAGAGACAGAACUCCAUGGAAGAGGAGAACCAACACUGCCUGCACUCCCCAGCCUUCCACGUACCCCUCUCCCCCUCCUCCCCUGGGUCCCUGGGGGACUGCUCCAACUCAGCCCCCAGCUUCCUCUCCCCCAGCCCAGCCACCCCCACCCACCGGCCCCUGGCUAGCCUGGUCAAGUCCCUGUCCACAGAGCUGGAGCUCCCUCAUGGCUCAUCCCUCAGACCCAGGCCCUUCCUCAGCCUAGUCAAGUCCAUCUCUACUGAGAUCUCCCGCUCAGAGCCAGAGGUGUCCCAGUCCAAGUCUGACUCCCGCCUCAACCUGCACCUGCAGUGGAAGAACCUGACUCAGCCUAAGGGAAGGAGUGACGGAGACUCCCGUACCGCCCCACCCUCGCCCAUCGCUCUAUCCCCGUCCGAGGGCACCAAGGCGGGCUUCUUCAAGAUGGAGCUGGAGGACACAAAGCGGAAGUUCUCAGAGGCCAUGCAGGAGCCAAUGUUCAGUAAACCUAUCAGUAUGUUCAGUAAGAUCAUGGGGGAUGAGAAGGAGAAUGCAGCAGCAGGCAGCCCCAAGCACCAGAGAGCUACAGGGACUCACUCAGCUGGCUCCCCCAGCUCCAGAGGGGUCUAUGUGGGGAGGAUGGACAGCAUGGAGGUGGGCGUCACAGAGUCUCCGCUGCGGAGUGCCAAGAGAGCGGACGGUGACUCUCCGCCGGUGUUUGACUGGCCGUGCGUCAGACACCCAAAGAAGGGUCUGCCCACUAGAACAUGUUCUGUCCACGAUCACCACGGUAACAAACUCAACGACAAUUCCGAGGAACUGGAGAUCUGCACCUACGAUGACGUCAUGCAGGUCGUGGCCGUCGAGAGUCAUCAUCACAGGCAUCCGCAGAGAUUGCCUGGUUCUCUGAUCUCCUCAGGACCCCAUCGUGUGGUCAGUCAGCCCACCUCUCCACCACCUCCACCACGCAUGGGGUUGUUCUGUGUGGCUGUGUUGUCCUAUGUCUACUUCAUCCUCCCCCUGAGCCCCUACAUGUCAGGCCUGGCUCUGGGCAUGGCCUUUGGCUUCCUGCUGGGGCUGCUGCUCAUCAGGCUGGGCUCAACCAAACACAACGCUCAGCCACAUCCACACAGAGAUAUUCAGGCCCUGACUGAGGUUGUUCAGCAGGCUGAUGCCCUCGGCACCGAACCAGACGUCCUCAAGGUAAGUUCAUGUUCAAUAGUGAAAACUCUUUCCGAAAAAAUGUAAGGUACAAUACAGUUGCAAAUGAAACACGUCACAACAUAAGAACCUGAAGGUGAAUUCCUUUUUGUACAGUUCAUUUCUCUCAGCACAAAAGACCAGCUAGGUCUGAAUGGGGACUUAUAACACUGGAGUCAGAAAAUGGCCUUGGUCUUUACAGAUCUCGACACCCACACAACAAUUGGCUGAAUAGAAAACCAUAUUUGAAAUUGCACACCUCCAUACUGUGGCAUGGACUUCCUAGAACUUUUCUUCCUAAAACAAGUCAGCACCUCCAUUCCCCCUCUCGCCCUCUCUGAGCCUGAAUACUUUCUAAUGUGGUGCCUGUGCGAUAGCUAAAAGUGCCUGGAAUGCAAUUAACGUUGCCCAAUAAAAGGUUCCUACAAACUAAAAAAGAUACAGAGCCUCAUUAGUGUUGUCUCCCUUGGCUGAGAACAGCAUAGCAGAGCACAGCAGAGCAGAACCUUGCCAGGUGCAGGGUAUAGCUCCCGAGGCAAUUAGCUGAGCAAGUGAGGCUGGGGCUGUGUAAUUGGUCAGGUUCAGUGGCAGGCAAAACAGUCUUAUCAGUGGUAAAGUGUAGUGCCACAGGGGGAAACAGAGGUUAUGUUAGUGAGGAGGGAUAAUUCCCUUGUUGGUUAAUUGUUGGGUUUGUUUUUAAGGUGGAUGUCAGACUGAGCCUUGGGGUGAAGAGGUAGUCGUGGGCAUCAGUGUGAGAGAGCUUUGGGGUGAAGAGGUAGUCGUGGGCAUCAGUGUGAGAGAGCUUUGGGGUGAAGAGGUAGUCGUGGGCAUCAGUGUGAGAGAGCUUUGGGGUGAAGAGGUAGUCGUGGGCAUCAGUGUGAGAGAGCUUGGGGUGAAGAGGUAGUCGUGGGCAUCAGUGUGAGAGAGCCUUGGGGUGAAGAGGUAGUCGUGGGCAUCAGUGUGAGAGAGCUUUGGGGUGAAGAGGUAGUCGUGGGCAUCAGUGUGAGAGAGCUUUGGGGUGAAGAGGUAGUCGUGGGGCAUCAGUGUGAGAGAGCUUUGGGGUGAAGAGGUAGUCGUGGGCAUCAGUGUGAGAGAGCUUUGGGGUGAAGAGGUAGUCGUGGGCAUCAGUGUGAGAGAGCCUUGGGGUGAAGAGGUAGUCGGUGGGCAUCAGUGUGAGAGAGCUUUGGGGUGAAGAGGUAGUCGUGGGCAUCAGUGUGAGAGAGCCUUGGGGUGAAGAGGUAGUCGUGGGCAUCAGUGUGAGAGAGCUUGGGGUGAAGAGGUAGUCGUGGGCAUCAGUGUGAGAGAGCCUUGGGGUGAAGAGGUAGUCGUGGGCAUCAGUGUGAGAGAGCUUUGGGGUGAAGAGGUAGUCGUGGGGCAUCAGUGUGAGAGAGCUUUGGGGUGAAGAGGUAGUCGUGGGCAUCAGUGUGAGAGAGCUUUGGGGUGAAGAGGUAGUCGUGGGCAUCAGUGUGAGAGAGCUUUGGGGUGAAGAGGUAGUCGUGGGCAUCAGUGUGAGAGAGCUUUGGGGUGAAGAGGUAGUCGUGGGCAUCAGUGUGAGAGAGCUUUGGGGGUGAAGAGGUAGUCGUGGGCAUCAGUGUGAGAGAGCUUUGGGUGAAGAGGUAGUCGUGGGCAUCAGUGUGAGAGAGCUUUGGGGUGAAGAGGUAGUCGUGGGCAUCAGUGUGAGAGAGCUUGGGGUGAAGAGGUAGUCGUGGGCAUCAGUGUGAGAGAGCUUUGGGGUGAAGAGGUAGUCGUGGGCAUCAGUGUGAGAGAGCUUUGGGGUGAAGAGGUAGUCGUGGGCAUCAGUGUGAGAGAGCUUUGGGGUGAAGAGGUAGUCGUGGGCAUCAGUGUGAGAGAGCCUUGGGGUGAAGAGGUAGUCGUGGGCAUCAGUGUGAGAGAGCUUUGGGGUGAAGAGGUAGUCGUGGGCAUCAGUGUGAGAGAGCUUGGGGUGAAGAGGUAGUCGUGGGCAUCAGUGUGAGAGAGCUUUGGGGUGAAGAGGUAGUCGUGGGCAUCAGUGUGAGAGAGCUUUGGGGUGAAGAGGUAGUCGUGGGCAUCAGUGUGAGAGAGCUUGGUGAAGAGGUGUCGUGGCAUCAGUGUGGAGAGGCUUUGGGGUGAAGAGGUAGUCGUGGCAUCAGUGUGAGGAGAGCUUUUGGGUGAAGAGGUAGUCGUGGGCAUCAGUGUGAGAGAGCUUUGGGUGAAGAGGUAGUCGUGGGCAUCAGUGUGAGAGAGCUUUGGGGUGAAAGAGUAGUCGUGGGCAUCAGUGUGAGAGAGCUUUGGGGUGAAGAGUUAGUCGUGGGCAUCAGUGUGAGAGAGCUUUGAGACUUUCACUCUCUAACACUAAUACCAUUUAAAUGACCUAUGCUCCCCAAAGUGUCAAGUCUAACAUUGAUAUUUUGCUUUGUAGCUUUCUCUAUGUGUCAUGGUGAAUGUUCAUUAUUUGACUAACUGCAUUGACGUGUUUUGAAGGACAAGCUAUUAUCAACAGAUGAAGUAGCUCGUUACACAACAGCUUGUCUUAGUCAUUGAAGCAUGCUCAGUGUAUUCCCAUGUGUCAUUCAAGUAUUCUCUUACGGUCUCACUAUAUAACUCAGUGUAUUCCCAUUUGUUUCAGGGCUGGCUGAACGAGAUGUUUGAGUACGACCCAGAGACCUACCACCCGUCCCUGACCCACUCUGUGUUCGCCACCCUGGAGGGGCACUGCCUCCGCCUGGACUACCCCAGGAACAACAUCAGCCGCAGGACCACCUACGAUGAAAGGCCUCCCGAGGCUGUGGUUGUCAGCUCACGCUGCUUCCAGCUACAACACAGCAAGGUCUGCUUGGUCUGUCAACUUACACUCGCUGUUCAAAGCUUAAAGGUCAUUUGGGGAAAUAUGAUGCAAGGUUUUAUAUUGUAUUCAUUGACUUCAUAAAACCUUGAGAUGUUUUUUACAUUUAUUUUAUAUGUGUGCUACAUACAAUAAUCGCAUCAGUAGUGGUCAUCUGUAGCUCAGUUGGUAUAGCAUGGUGCUUGCAACGGUUUUUGAGAUGGUCUGAAAGCAUGAAUAAUGAUAAUAACCGGAUGUAUUAAUGUUGUGUUAUAUAACGGGUUUCUAAUAAGUCUUGUUGUAAUACCAGGUGUUCCUGCUGCCCUCUGCGCUAGCCCGUAAGAGGCUGUGGAACCUGAAGUACCCUAUCUGCAUUGAACUGACAGAGGGAGAGGGAGUCAUGGAUGAGGAGAGGGGUACAGAGGAGACCCCAAGAGAGGAGCAGGGGGGAGACCCCCAACUCCAAACACGACCCACCUCCACCUCCAAACCAGCAGCCAACCUCACUACAACCCUAUACCUCUUCGGACGGACAGGAAGAGAGAAGGAGGAGUGGUUUCAUCACUUCCUGUCCGCGUCCAUGGUAAUGGAGAAGGAGAAGGAGAGGCAAAGGCCUGGCAGAUGUGUGUCCAGAUCAGGUAGGACAAGCUGUUUUUGUUUGUUUUUGUUGUUUUGUAUGGUUGUCUUUUUUUCAUCAUUUAAUUGACUUCGCGCUAGUCUUUUGUGUUUUUUGCAUAAUGACAAAUCUUAACACAGUACAUAUAUUGGCCAUGAAAUAUAAUGCAUUAGCAAUACAUGUGGAAAGGGAAGGAUAAAUCAAGUAAAUGUUACUCUGGUGGAUUAUAUGCUCCAGUUCCAUGUAUUCCAGGAUGGUUCAUUUCAAGAUUACAGAUGCGUGAACAUGCAGGAGAAUAUAGUACUGUCGUGAUGCUCUGAAAGCACUUAACCACACAUGUUUCUGCCCCUGCUCUGGUCUGUCCUGGUAGUAAACUGAACAGUGUUGCCCUCCAUCAUAGACAGUCCACUAAGGCCCCUGAAGCAAAAUCUAUCGCUGAGAAUAUUACACAUUUCCUUACAGAUGCACUCUCAUGUAACUCUUAAAAUAAAUGAUCACCACAACGUAAAAUCUGUGAACCAACAACUGUCAUCUCUGUAUCUAGAUGUGCCGGUGGUGCGAGGGGUGAGCCCCUCAAGACGGUCCCAGGACAGCAGAGGUUCCAGCAGGAUGGGGAGCACUGAAGAGGACCUCCCAUUACCCCCUUCUGCCCCCUCCAUCCAACCAUCCAGGGUGGGCUCUCCGCUGCUGGACUACCCCACCUACAUGGCUCGUUUCCUGCCCUCAGAGCAGCCCAGCCCCCUGCCCAGCCCACCCCUCAACAGCACAGAGACAAGCCCCACCAACAAAGUGAGGGUGAGUUCCCCUGACCACCUUAAUGAAACAUCUAGAAACAGAUAGAUGAUAUAAUUAAAUAGUGUGUUAAUCUGUAGUGGUGUAUCUAUUUCCCUAUAGUGCACCUGUGAUUUCCCAGAGUUCCCGGUGGAGGGCCAGACUGACUGGGUCAAUGCACUGAUUGGUCGAAUCUUCUGGGACUUCCUGCGUGAGAAAUACUGGGCGGACAUUGUCUCCAGAAAGAUCCAGAAAAAGCUGAGCAAAAUCAGAGUGAGUAUGUGAGCUCUCACAGUGUAAAUUCCCCUCUUCAGGAGUAAGGGGAGCUUGUACAAUGUUUCUAUUUGGUCAUUUGCUAGUAGUAUAUAGCCAACAUAACCACAAAACCCACUGGAAACAAGCAAAACAGAGGAGCGAAAUGCCAUUUCUUUGUUUGUUUGUGUGUGUGUCUGUGCAGCUGCCUUACUUCAUGAAUGAGCUGACUCUGACUGAACUGGACAUGGGCUCCUGUCUGCCCAAAAUCACCAGUGCAUCCAGACCUGUGGUCAACAGCAGAGGCGAGUGUCAACUACAAAGCUCACUCUUCCUUUUUACUCUCCCUGAUGUUUCUGCGAUGAUGACUAGGGCCUGGUGUUUAGGAAUAACUCCUGACCCUAAUGAUGACACAGUGAAUCGGCCCACUCUGCAUACAGUACAUUAACCUCUACUCAGAGCAUCAAUUAGUGAAAGACAAUGACAGCGUGUCAUCCUCGGUCUAAUCUAGAUUCUGGAAGGGUACUUAGGAGCAAAUUAAAUGAAGGUCCGCAAAUUACAGCAAAUUACAACAGAUUAUAAUUCCCAAAAAGAAUGAUGGUGACAAAUGUGGACUGUGCGGGGGGAGCUCUGUAUAAAUCUGUAAAUGGGAUGAUGUGUGAUUAGAGAGGCAUGGAUGUGACGCGGGUCGUGGUGCCUGGCGCAAAUUGUGGUGUGGGCAGAGAGACAGGAGGAAAGGGCACACAGACUAACCCUCUCUGGAGGUACUAAGCUAACACAUGGAAUUGUUUUAAGAUGAUCAUUUAGCUAUUUGAUUUGGAAUAAAAAAUAAAUAUAUGAUAAAAUAUUUUAUUUGGCCUUUACUACUAUAGCCAAUAGAAACACAUUGAAUUAAUAAAUGGCAAAAAAUAUAGUCAAAAACAAUUAGCAUAAGGAGUAAGGUUUUGAAGUAUCUGUCCUAUAUCUAGCAGAUAUAAGAAAGCUCAGGAAAUAAUGUAUUUUUUUGGGAAACAUAUUUAACACCUUAUUUUUAGGGGCACAAAACUACCUCCAUACUUCCAUAUGUUUGUAUGGGUUACCUUCAGACGAGUCCCGUGACACUUGUGGGGUUCGUAGAGCAAAACAGAGAAAUCCAUCGUAUUCGUGAGAGUCUGCCCUUUCCAUAGAGUGGUCAUAACGUUCGGACGCUACAGACAUUUCCGUGAGAAGACCGAUUUUCGGGAUGUCUCAUGGUCUGACAAACACCGCUGUAGCUCGGCCACCUUCCACCGCAGAUGGGGCAGGCCGACAUAGGCGGAUGCGGUGGAUUGAGACGUGAUAUCUCUAGCUUAAUCUGACGGAUUUUGAUGGGGAUUUUUUUAUUAUGUUACUUAGAUUGACGCACGGGUGUGUCAAUAGACUCUUAAGGACAAGCCAGCAAAUCCUGCCCAAGCACUAUAAGUGCACCCGUGUGUAUGGGUUCACAGAUACACACACAGACACACAUAGACACACAUAGACACACACAGACCACCACCAAACCAAUAUGCUGUAUUGCGUGUCCCCAGCAGGAGGGAACAGCUCCCUGGCUCCCUGAGAUUACAACAGAUUACUGUAAUAAUAUCGACUCAUCUGAUGCUCAGUACUCUUAUCAUAAUCAGAUGACAUGAGCAAUGGACCGUCUCCUCCCUCUCAAUCACCUGAUCAUUCUCUUCAUCUCUGUUCUGGUGUGUGUGUGUGUGUGUGUGUGUGUGUGUGUGCAUGCGUGAGUGUGUGUGUAUGUGUGAGUGUGUGUGUGUGCGUGCAUGAGUGUGUGUGUGUGUGUGUGUGUGCAUGAGUGUGUGUGUGUGCGUGCAUGUGUACAUGUGUAUGUGGUGUGUUUGUGUUCUCCAGGCUUGUGGCUGGAGCUGGAGGUGGUGUACACCGGGGCCCUGCAGAUGACCCUGGAGACUAAGAUCAACCUGUCCAAACUGGGCAAGGAGGGCAAGGAGGGAAGCCUGGACACAGACAGCCUCACUGAUACUGGCAGCCUAGGGUCAGUCACAUUACAGUUACUACUGCACUAUCAUCUAAAAUAAAAUAUAUUAUUUACUGUACAACAUGCAUUUUACGUUGUACAACUAACAUUAUUAUUUGUAAAUUGAACUGCAAAAUUACUAGCCUGGGUACCAGUCUGUUUGUGCUAUCAUUCCACUCCUUGUCAUGUUUGGAAUAUGACACAGAGUACAAGAAGUUGAAUGUUAGCACAAAACAGGUCUGGAUUUCAGGCUACAAUAUAACCACUGCCUUGCAGCAUCUAUGCUGACAUCCUGGUAAUGAUGAUCUGCUAUGCUCUGUCUGCCCCCACUGUGAGCUAAAUAAUGAACUGAUAAUGAAGACACCAACCUACAAUAUCCCUCCUGAUCUGUCAAACUCCACUAAUAGUGAACCUCUGAACAAAGCCUGCACACGACAGAGCUCUCUGUACAUGAUGUUGAUUAGUUGGUCUGUUUCCAGAUUAAAAUGGAUUCUUACAGUAGAUCCUUGUUCCAUCAUAAAAAGAUAAUCAUAUUUGAGCUUGUCUUUACAGUAUGGUUGACUCUGCUGGAUAUGGUUUGAUUUAGGUGUCACAUAAACUGUCUAUUAGGGUUGUGGACCAAGCUAGGGUUGUGGCUGAGAAUAGGAUUGAACUAAAAUGUGGAUUAAGGUUAGUCUCAGUGAGAGCUGAAAUCAUUUUUCACAUUUCAGUAAUUUAGCAGACACGCUUAUCCAGAGCGACUUACAGUAGUGAGUGCAUACAUUUUCACACUAGUCCCACAUGGGAAUUGAACCCACAACCCUGACAUUACAAAUACCAUGCUAUACCAACUGAGCUACACGAGACACUCAGGAAACCUGUGUUGUUGUGUUUUGUGUCCAGGUCCAGACCCAUCCUCAGUGUUUUGGCUGACAGUGAUGAAGAGUCCUCCAGCGCCGGCUCUUCGGACGAGGAGGAAGUACUGCUCUCAGAGCACCAAGGCAUUGUGGGAGAAAAGGGGACUCCACCCGGUGCUGAAGGGUAAUUGAUGUCCCUUUCUCUUACACAACAAAUAUAAUCGGCCAUGUAGAAUGAUACGGCCAGGAGUUUUUCCUGACUGUGACCUGACAGUGACCUUGUGCUGUAUUUGACUCUAAGGGCUUGAUUCAAUCCGUAGCGCUCACUUUCCGUGUUGUAGCUCGAUUUAGAUUUAAAGGCAAUGUUCCCACGUUAGUGGAGACUGCAUUCACGGUAAAUGCUGCAUAUGUCGGCUCAAUCGGAAAUUAUCUUUACAUUUCAAGCGUGCUAUAACGGUGAACUUCGAGCCCUAAUACCAUUUUCUAUAGUCACAACCAGAGUUGUGGACUCGAGUCACAUGACUUGGACUCAAAUCUGACUCCAGUCACAAAUUUGAUGAAUUGAGUCUCGACUUGAUAGAAAAUAAAAUAAUUUGACUUGACCUCAAUUUCCUGGGUUAUGUCGGAGUUCCGCGUGUCUGCGUUCCACGCUUUGGAGUCAGAACGUUGAAUAAGAUAAAUUGAUUGUUCCGUGUAUGCAUGGUGUUGAAAUAUAAUUAACAAUCAUUAAUCUUGAUUAAGAGGAAUGUAAUAUUGUAACAAUGUAUGUGGAAAUCGUCUUUUACAUUGUAGAACCAGUUUAUCGGUUGUAUUGCCAAUUGGGUAAUUGUAUGGUCCUGGGGGCCAAGUGCUUAUAUUAUGUAGGCCUACCUGUUUGAGCUCCUGUUAGACAGAUUUGGUUUCUCAAGUGGAGGCUGUGCAGUCUUACCCUCUACCUGUGCCCGUUCAGAUAGGACAGGUUAAGCCUGAUACAAAGGCUAUUUCUUUUGGGCUACUGCCCGUGUAUAUUUGGUAAAUGUACUUGUAUAUUUUGUAUGUUAUGGCGCUAUCACCAUUGGAUCACCAAGACCUGUAAAUAAAUCUACACUCUGAGCACAUAAACUUGCCUUGCCUUCUGCUGAUUUCAUGCCCUUAUGACUGCUACAAAUAAUGAAAAGGCUGUCUGGUAGCCUCAAUAUUUUUUGGGGGAGCUGCUAAGGCUGGAUUCAAUCCGGAUCGUCGAAGUAUCGCAGAAGUAUGUUAAGUGUUAAUCACACUAUAAAGUGGAUCUUCAAUGCUAUGGAUUGAAUAGAGCCCUUAGUUUUAGAUCAUAGCAGUGCUGUUUUCAUUUGUGACCAGUGUGACAUUUACCUCUGAAAGCAUAAGGCCUCUCUCCUCCUCUUCUCCCCUCUGCAGGAUUGCUGCUGGUGGCGGUAGGACAGGCAGGCGGAUUUUGAGAUUUGUCGACAAAAUUGCUAAGUCUAAGUACUUCCAGAAGGCAACAGAGAAUGAGUACAUCAAAAAGAAGAUUGAGGAGAUGUCCAACACGCCCUUGCUCCUGGCAGUGGAGGUUCAGGAGCUUUCUGGAACACUGGCUGUCAACAUCCCUCCUCCCCCUACUGAUAGAAUAUGGUACGGCCCACACUUAUGAUCCCUCCUCCCCUUACUGAUAGAAUAUGGUACGGCCCACACUUAUGAUCCCUCCUCCCCUUACUGAUAUAAUAUGGUACGUCAACACUCAAUAUCCCUCCUCCCCCUACUGAUAGAAUAUGGUACGGCCCACACUCAAUAUCCCUCCUCCCCCUACUGAUAGAAUAUGGUAUGGCCCACACUCAAUAUCCCUCCUCCCCCUACUGAUAGAAUAUGGUACGGCCCACACUCAAUAUGCCUCCUCCCCCUACUGAUAGAAUAUGGUAUUGCCCACAUUUAUGAUCCCUCCUCCACCUACUGAUAGAAUAUGGUAUGGACCACACUCAACAUCCUCUCCUCCCCGUACUGAUAGAAUAUGGUACGGACCACACUCAAUAUCCCUCCCCCCUACUGAUAGAAUAUGGUAUGGCCCACUCUCACUUAGAGUUACUCAAUGACAGAGAUCAUGAACUCAAUUUCUUUCUUGAGCAGAAGGUUGGGGGGCCGGAACAUAAUUACAGAUAAUUUAUAGACUGCAAAUUGACCGGAAGAAGCCCAAACAGAUAUAAUAUUUGACUAUAACAUAAUAAUUUCAAACCUUGCUUACCUUUGUAUACGAUCACGUGUCUCUUUAUUAUGCGUGUGAAUACUUGGGAACAGAUUUCCAAAAUUGUAAUCACUUGGAGCUGACUUGCUGCUGUUUUUACAGCUCCCCGCAUGUGCCAUCAAACUCCUGCAGCCCGUCUAGUUUUCAACCUUCCCAUGUUCUCUCAUGUCACUCCACUCCUCCGCACACUCCACUGGCUUCCAUUCGAAGCUCUCAUCCACUACAAGACCAUGGUGCUUACCUAAAAAAAUUAAAUAAUUGCUAGCUCUGACUCACAGCUCUGACUCUACUGAUAGCUACGUUAUUGAGGAAAAGUGUACUUUCUAUGCCUGUGAUAUGUGGUUGUCCCAUCUAGCUAUCUUAAGAUGAAUGCACUGUAAGUCACUCUGGAUAAGAGCGUCUGCUAAAUUACUAAAAUGUUUUUUUUAAAUGUUUUAUGUCCAACAAUGAUAUAUAUAUAUAUAUAUAUAUAUAUAUUAUUUAUUAUUAUUUUUUAUAAUAAUAAUUUUGCUCAGAAAACUUAGGGGGGUUGGGGGGGGGGGCAAAUAAAACCAACCGUGGGGCCAAAUUCGGCCCCCGACCCGCCAGUUGGGUUACCCUGCUCUAUGGCCUUGUCAUGAAACAACCCCUAGCCCCUAGUCCAAAUUCACUCCGAUUUACUUUAUCUCUUCAUUUAUGUACUUGCGUCUUAAGCAUGAAAGAGCAUUACUUUUCUUUUUGUGCCAAGUUGAGCAAAGGGCCAGCCAAAUGAUAGCAACCGAUGAUAAGACCACAGGUUAGGUCAACAUGGUAGUUGCCUUCAGUUACUGUCUCUCUGUAUUUAUUGAUGAUCCUGUAUUUGUGCAUGUUUGGGUGUAUUCCAGGUACAGUUUCUGUGUGCCUCCCAAGCUGGACCUGCGUGUCAGACCCAAGCUGGGGGAGAGGGAGGUCACCUUCUGUCACGUGACCGAGUGGAUCGAGAAGAAGCUGCAGGAUGAGUUUGAGGUUAGACUUCUCUUUCCUCUCCUCCUCCUCCUCUUUUCCUCUCUCUCCCUCUCUUUCCUUGUCUACCCUUGUAUCUCUCACCUCUCUCCUUCCCUUGUCUUUUCUCAUCCAUCUCUUCCUAUUUUACUCUCCCUUGCCUCCCCUUCCCUCAAAAUCCCAAGUAAGACAACCUAUCCCCAAUAAAACAAUUAACCUAACUUCUCUCCAUUCCAGAAAGUAUUUGUGCUGCCCAACAUGGACGAUAUCUACCUGCCUCUGAUGCAUUCUGGGAUGGACAGUCCUCCAGCUGGGCUACUGGAGGAGGGUCCGGCCCAGUCAUCACACUCACAACACUCCUCCAUGGAGUCCAUCGGGAGGAUUUCCCAGGACAAUACUGCUGCAGACUUGGACUAG